UACUGCCUGGAGCUGAGCUGAGCGCUGCCUGCGGGCGACUGCGAUGUCGGGUCGCGGCCAAACGGCCUCCGCAGGCCACACUGGUCUCCCACUGUCCUCGCGUCGGAGUUGGAGUCCCAGCGCAGGCAGCGACCGGAGAGCGACGGCUCCAGAAUUCGCGCGCCGCGCAUGGACGCGCCCGGGGACCCCGAGGGCCCACGUGCCCCAGGAGGUGAUGGUCCUAUGGAAAAUGCAAGACAGGCACCCAGCUGGCUUUCGAGAGAACAGAUUUUUGCACUGGUAUCGGCAGCCUCCCUUAACUUAGGCUCUAUGAUGUUUUAUUCUAUCCUUGGACCCUUUUUCCCCAAGGAGGCUGAAAAGAAAGGAGCCAGCAACACAGUUAUUGGUAUGAUCUUUGGAUGUUAUGCUUUGUUCGAAUUGCUAGCCUCUUUGUUAUUUGGAAAAUAUCUUGUACAUAUUGGAGCAAAAUUUAUGUUUGUAGCAGGAAUGUUUGUCUCAGGAGGAGUUACAGUUCUCUUUGGUGUGUUGGACCGAGUUCCAGAAGGACCAGUGUACAUUGCUCUGUGUUUUCUAGUGAGAAUAACAGAUGCAAUAGGCUUUGCUGCAGCAAUCACAGCAUCUUUUUCUAUCCUCACGAAGACUUUCCCAAAUAAUGUAGCCACAGUACUGGGAAGUCUUGAGAUUUUUUCUGGACUGGGGCUGGUGCUAGGGCCUCCUUUAGGCGGCUUCUUGUAUCAGUCCUUCGGCUAUGAGGUGCCUUUUAUUUCUCUGGGAUGCAUAAUUUUGCUGAUGGUACCACUCUACAUGUACAUUUUACCUAAUUAUGAGUCAGAUCCAAGUGAAAACUCGUUCUGGAAACUCAUCAGGCUACCCAAGGUCGCCCUUAUAUCCUUCGUCGUCAACUCACUCAGCGCUUGUUUUGGCUUCCUUGAUCCUACUCUGUCUCUCUUUGUUUUGAAGAAGUUCAGUUUACCAGCUGGAUAUGUGGGACUGGUAUUCCUGGGCCUGGCACUGUCCUACACCAUUUCUUCACCACUCUUCGGUCUGCUAAGCGAUAAAAGGCCACAUCUAAGGAAAUGGUUUCUGGUUUCUGGAAACUUAAUCACAGCAGGGUGCUACAUGCUGUUAGGACCUGUCCCAGUCUUGCCCAUUAAAAGUCAGCUGUGGCUCCUGGUGCUGGUAUUGGUCAUAAAUGGUGUCUCUGCUGGAAUGAGUAUAAUCCCAACUUUCCCAGAGAUUCUCAAUUGUGCCUAUGAGAACGGCUUUGAAGAAGGGCUAAGUACACUGGCGCUCGUGUCGGGCCUCUUUGGUGCAAUGUGGUCAGUAGGUGCCUUUGUCGGACCGACACUGGGUGGAUGGCUGUAUGAGAAAAUUGGUUUCGAAUGGGCAGCAGCUGUGCAAGGUCUGUGGGCUCUGGCCAGUGGAUUAAUGAUGGGCUUGUUUUAUCUGCUGGAGCACUCAAGGAGAAGAAGGAGAUCAAAACUUCAAAACACCCUUGGUACAGAGGAGGAACGAAGUACUCUUUUGCCUGAUGAAAACCAGCCUUGAGAAUUUUGGAUUGAUACAAGGUUGGCAGAUGGAUGUUCCUGGCCUUGAACAUGAAAGUCGGAAAGUCUGAAAAGCUUUCUUGAGUUUACGCACAGAACUCCACGAACACCACACCAGCAUCCCAGAAGUGAACACAUGCUUUUUGAUCAUCCGUGAUGGACUGCACGUUACUGUUGUCCUGCAAGGCGGGCCUGCAGAACCAGCCACAUUUGAAGCUCUAUGUAUGAAAAGGGUGGCUGAAAACCAACCAGACUUUGCCUUUUGAAGUGAUCAAACUUGGGCUUGAAGAUGCUUUUUGACUCUGGGUUACCUGUUUUCCUCUGUUUACUUUUUACACUUGUUGCAUUGAUUCCGUGAAUGUACCUUUAUUAACAAGAAAACAAAUGAUGUGCUUAAGGGAAAGAUACAAUAUGCUUAAAGAUAAUGUAAAUGACUCAAUAUAUGUAGAAAAAUUACUAUGAAAUCAGUUUUUAAAA